UAUAUAAAUUGAAUCCCGGGUUUUUGUACCCUAAUCUGCUUCUUCCUUCAGCCGUUGGUGAGAAGAACCCUAUUCUGCUUCACCCGUGCGGAAGAAGAAGAAGCUACCAUGGUGAAGUACUCCAGAGAACCUGACAAUCCCACCAAGUCUUGCAAGGCUAGAGGCGCUGACCUCAGAGUACAUUUCAAGAACACUAGGGAGACUGCCUUUGCCAUAAGGAAAUUGCCCCUGGCAAAAGCUAAAAGAUACUUGGAGGAUGUUUUGGCCCACAAACAGGCCAUUCCUUUCCGACGCUUCUGUCGUGGUGUUGGGAGGACAGCUCAGGCUAAGAAUAGGCAUUCUAAUGGACAAGGACGCUGGCCUGUUAAAUCAGCUAAAUUCAUCCUAGAUUUGCUUAAGAAUGCUGAGAGUAAUGCUGAAGUGAAAGGUUUGGAUGUCGAUGCUCUUUUUGUUUCUCAUGUCCAGGUUAAUCAAGCACAGAAGCAAAGACGCCGCACCUACAGAGCUCAUGGAAGAAUCAACCCCUACAUGUCAUCUCCCUGCCACAUUGAGCUGAUAUUAUCUGAGAAGGAAGAGCCUGUUAAGAAAGAGCCUGAGACCCAGUUGGCAACAAGCAAGAAGAAGGGUCAAGUUCUUCGAAGUGGAGCAUCAUCUUAAAUUGCUUUUGGAACUAGUGGUUGGAGGUUCCUAGAUUAUGUCAGUUUUGUUGCUAUUUUUUCUUUAUAUUUGUUAUGAGAUGUUUUUGAAGCUUGAAUAGCUCUCUUUGUUUCAUAUACUAUAUUUUAAGUUAUUUGACUUGGAAAUUUUUAUCA